AUGGUUAAGAAAAUCGCUGGUGUCUUAGGUGCUACUGGUUCUGUUGGUCAGAGAUUCAUUUUAUUGUUGGCAGAUCACCCAGACUUUGAAUUAAAGGUCCUUGGUGCAAGUGAAAGAUCUGCUGGUAAGAAAUACGUUGACGCUGUCAACUGGAAGCAGACUGAUCUUCUACCUGAAUCUGCAAAGAAUUUAGCUGUUACUGAAUGUAAGGCAAGCGAAUUCAAAGACUGUGACAUUGUUUUCUCAGGUUUAGAUUCUGACUUUGCUGGUGAGAUUGAAAAAGAGUUUAUGGAAGCUGGUCUGGCCGUUAUUUCCAAUGCUAAAAAUUACAGAAGAGAACCUGGUGUUCCAUUGGUGGUCCCAAUUGUCAACCCAGAACAUUUAGAAGUUGUUUCUCAUAAGGUUGAAUCCGCCAAGGCUGAAGGUAAGCAAAGACCAGGUUUCAUUAUCUGUAUCUCUAACUGUUCCACUGCAGGUCUUGUGGCUCCAUUGAAACCAUUAGUGGAACAAUUUGGUCCAAUUGAAGCAUUGACCACCUCUACUCUACAAGCAAUCUCUGGUGCUGGUUUCUCUCCAGGUGUUCCAGGUAUUGAUAUUCUAGAUAACAUCGUUCCAUACAUCAGCGGUGAAGAAGAUAAAAUGGAAUGGGAAACCAAAAAGAUUUUGGGUCAUUUGGCUUCUGACAAGUCUCACGUGGAAUUGUUGUCACCUGAAGAAAUUAAAGUUUCUGCUCAAUGUAACAGAGUGCCUGUUUCCGAUGGUCACACUGAAUGUAUCUCGCUAAAAUUCAAAAACAGACCAGCUCCAUCUGUGGAUGCCGUCAAGAAAUGUUUGAGUGAAUACGUUUGUGAUGCCUUUAAAUUGGGUUGCCACUCCGCUCCAAAGCAAACUAUCCACGUCUUGGACCAACCUGAUAGACCUCAACCAAGAUUAGAUAGAAACAGAGACGCUGGUUACGGUGUGUCUGUUGGUAGAAUUAGAGAAGAUCCUCUUCUUGAUUUUAAGAUGGUGGUCUUGUCUCACAACACCGUUAUCGGUGCUGCAGGUUCCGGUAUCUUGAUUGCCGAAAUUCUACUGGCAAGAAACUUGAUCUAA